AUGGCAGACACUGGUGACGUCGCCGCCGUAGCUGCUGCUGCCGCCGCCGCCGCCGAGGCAUCGGCGCGGCCGGCGGGCAACGCCCAGCCGCUGGCGGGGCGCGUGGCGAUCGUGACGGGCGCGUCGCGGGGCAUCGGCCGCGCCAUCGCGACGCACCUGUCCUCCCUGGGCGCGAGCGUGGUGCUGGGGUACGCGUCGCGCGCCGACGAGGCGGACGCGCUGGCGGCGUCGCUCCCGCGCGAGGUGGCCGUGCGGGCGGACGUCUCGGACGAGGCCGGCGCGCGGUCGCUCUUCGACGCGGCGGAGUCGGCGUUCGGCGGCGGCGCGCACAUCCUGGUGGCCAACGCCGGGGUGAUGGACGACACGUACCCCGCCGUGGCCGACACCACCACCGAGGCCUUCGACUGCGUGCUCGCCGUGAACCUGCGCGGCGCGUUCCUGUGCCUCCGGGAGGCGGCCAACCGCCUCCCACGCGGCGGCGGCGGGCGGAUCGUGGCCGUGACGUCGUCCGUAGUGGGGAGCCUCCCGCCGCGGUACGCGGCGUACACGGCGUCCAAGGCGGCCGUGGAAGCGCUGGUGCGGACGAUGGCCAAGGAGCUCAGGGGCACCCGCGUCACGGCCAACUGCGUCGCGCCGGGGGCCACGGCCACGGACAUGUUCUUCGACGGCAAGAGCGAGGACAUGGUGCGGCGCGCCGUGGAGAUUUGCCCGAUGGAGAGGCUCGGGGAGCCCGGCGACAUCGCGCCGGUGGUCGGGUUCCUCUGCACCGACGCCGCCGAGUGGGUCAACGGCCAGGUCAUCCGCGCCAACGGCGGCUAUGUGUGA